GAACCAGCGCGUCACCAGUUUGCGCCGUAUCGUACUUCUCGACGGUUAUCGCCAGUGCGUGACUCAUGGCGGAGCUUGCGUUGCCGUCUGUAAUCACGCGGGCGUUUUCCGCUUCUCGCAACAUGGCUGCCGCCAUAAAGCCACCUGUAUAGGCUGCGUCGUCGUGCAAAGGCUCCGUGUGUAAAUGUAGUUGUCUGCACUGUCAUGCCUCGACUGUGAACAGGAAUGUUUCGUAUCGGGAAAGAGCAAACCUGGUUUGUCUUGCUGUGGCUAAAGGGUCACAUCUGCAGCUAAAAGUUGGGAAAUCCGAGCAAAUUCAAAAUGCCAAAAGCCGUGUGGCUCCGAGGUCUACCCGGCGGUCCGCAUCCCAUAGAGCUCACUGACGAGAUUUCUCACAGAAAUGUAUGCACGCAAUGUGAAAUGUUUUCAGUGCCCAUGUACAAUGAUGAGAAGAAGCACAUAUUUUGCGAUGCGUGCGUCCAAGCAGCUAGUAAGGAUGGCCACAUUUUCUGCAAGAUGGAGAAUAGGAAAGUUCUUCUGGAUGAUCUCUUUGAAUCCCAUGAAGCUGUCAUAGCCUUCCGAUCAAUGAAGCUAUAUUGUCCUAAUAAGAAAACAGGGUGUAAAGACAUGUGCACUAUACACUCAAUUAAGGAGCAUUACAUGAACUGCGUCUACACCACGAUAUUAUGUGUGGUGUGCAAGUCACAAGUUAAUGGAGUCGACUACGAUGCACACCUGCGGAAAUGUGCGCCUCCGUACGUGCAAUGUGAACGUUGUCUUCGUGGAAUGAAGCAAGAAGAAUUACAGAGUCACAUGUGUAAGACAAACUCACAACGGUCAACUGGUGUAUCCUCCGAGAGAGAUCUGUAUAACCACAGGAGCGUCAGUGCAUCUCAACAACAUGAUGCUCAGGCGGUCACAGUUGAAGCUGACAGUCGUGUGCGGGAUACAACUUCACGUAAACAGAUGACGGUAGACCAUCACAGUCAGGACACUGGUGCGAAUUUAGGCUCUGCAAAGAACAGCGAGGGAGACCGUGGACCUCAGGAGACGCGCCAGUGCGUGCUCUGCAAGAAAAGAGUCAAAUUAUUGAACUGGGAAAAGCACAAGCAGCACUGCGAAGCCAUCCUAGAAUUAUGCGACAUCUGCCACAAGUAUUUUGCGAGGAACUGCAUUCAGGAACACAAAUUAGCAUGUCGAGAGCUACACGCAUCGUCGCCCAUCUCUGCCCUGGUGCCUCCGGAGAAUAAUAACGCGAGACCGAGCCCCAAGGAGGACAUUGCAAUCACAGUGCCACCUUCCAGUAGUAACAAACCACCACCCCCUGAGGCAUCAGAUGGAACGAACCAUGAUGACAGACGCCCUACACGGCAUCGGAACCCAAGGCCCGUUGGAAGAGGCUAUGUUUGCACGCUCACCAGAUGCAUUCGGAUGAUGCUGAUUACCGUUACAUUACCAGCAUUCAGGCUAUGUCGCAUGUUUCCCUGGCUCAUGCGUAUUGUUCGUGAUUUCAGUAUUUGCAUUGCAACGUACACUCUUUUGUCGUUACCUCUGUACUCGGUGCGCCUGUCCUUCGCACUCGUCAGGAUAUUUUUCAGGAUAUUUUUUUUUAAACUUCCCUUGCUUGUGUUAUGCUGCCUCAUCUGCGCAAGGUGAUGUUUGACGUGCGUGUUGGAUCACGCACAUGGAGUUAACCCACUGCACAUUGUUCCGAAAUAUAUCAGGCGUAUGUGCGAAGUAGUAAGUUCCAGACGUAAGAAAAUCAUUCGUCAAAGCGAGUGCACCUCCAUCUGACACCUUUUGCCUCAUAAUUUAUAUACUUUUGUUUCUGUUGUUGCAAAAUACCUUGCAAAUCUUAUGUUUCUGUCGCUUCCUCGUGCGUAAAUUCUACGACACGAAUACUUCAAGAGCAGGGCGCGUGCUAAGAUAUAAAAUGGCAAGAACUAACCCUAUACGCUGUGGGGCAGGUGCUUCGAAGGAUAUAUACAUACUUUAGUAGUUUAGUAGUUUCAAAAUCUGCGAUAAAAGUCAUUUUGUAGUAUUUCUUAAGUAGAAGCAAUACAAAUAAACAAAACAGGAUUAGUACGUUUUUCUCAAGUCUUGAGUCUCAGUUUGAAUGUAGCAAUGCACUGUUUCUCCAUCUUAUCUAGUAUGGUUCGCAGAGGCGAGACCAGGGUCAAUGCACAGGUGAAUGGACUUCGCCUGUGGUGUAGUACUUGCAUCCUAGAAACCUUUCAUUGCAGGGCAACCCCGGACAACCCGUCUCAGAUGACGUUUAUAAGGCGUCUUCGAAGACUUUUGGACGUUUGUGUGUGCGUGUGUGUGUGUAAUCUCACAAAGAAUGAGUUCCUACGAUUUAUGUGGUAGUUACUGAGCGUGCCCUCUGUCCUGUUAACCUUAUUCCUGUGGUCCCUGUGAUGCUGCAAUGUGCCAGUUUUCUGCAGGCCAGCCCUCAGCAACAUGUCGUUCGACCGUUCGCUAUAGAAUGUAUGAGGCUUCAUAUUGCCUGGCAUUGAAUAACCCAGCAAUGUACUGAUGAUUACACUGUGUGUAUAAAGUAGCGUUGUCGACCAGA